CCAGGUUAAUUAGACCUGACAUUGUUGAGGCAUCUGCCAGAAGCCUGGGCUGGAAGACAGCUUCCCUACCACAGUCUUCAUGCUCUGAAGAAUCCCUAGUAAGUCAUUUCUGGAAUCAGAGGUGGAGUCCAGGGCCAAGAGUCUGGUCACUUGACCUCAUACUGGUAAGGACCAUGUUCCAGUUUUCAUCACUUCCUGUCCUUCUGUGUGUGAUGACAGUGUCCUGCUCAGAAAUAAAAUCCUGUGAAGAUGCCCAGAAGACCUGUUCAGUGAUUACCUGUGGCAUCCCGGUCACCAAUGGGUCUCCAGGCAGAGAUGGGCGAGAUGGACCCAAAGGAGAGAAAGGAGAACCAGGGCAAGGGCCCAGAGGCUUGCAGGGCCCUCCGGGGAAAAUGGGGCCUCCAGGAAUUCCAGGAGCUCCUGGAUUAGCAGGACUAAAGGGCCAAAAAGGAGAUCAUGGAGGCAGUUCAGUUGCUGAGACUACGCUGGCUGACGUAGAGAGAGAGAUAAGGCACCUGAAGUCACAAUUGUACCACAUGAAAAAAUUACAAACAUUCUCCUUGGGCAAAAGAUCUGGAAAGAAGCUCUAUGUGACCAAUGGUGAAAAAAUGCCUUUUUCCAAGGUGAAGGCUCUGUGCAAUGAGCUCCAGGCCACCGUGGCAACCCCCAAGAGUGCUGAGGAGAACGAGGCCAUACAGCAUGUGGCUGAGGACAGUGCCUUCCUGGGCAUCACAGAUGAAGUGACCGAAGGCCAGUUUGUGUAUAUGACAGGAGGGGGACUGACCUACAGCAACUGGAAGAAAGAUGAGCCAAAUGACUAUGGCUCAGGGGAGGAUUGUGUGGCCCUUCGAACAGACGGACUAUGGAAUGAUGUCUCCUGCUCUUCCUCCUACCUAGCUGUCUGUGAAUUCCCAGCCUGAAAAGGCAUUCCUCAACCCAUCCUUGGCUCUCUGCAGAGCUCUCUGCUGCUCUACAAGAGAAUUCAGUGAUGGUUUUCUCAUGCCCAGUGUUGAUUCAUCCCUUCGUGCGGUUGGGAGGAAAAGGAAGUGAUGUAUUUGAUUGUGGGAUGAGGAAGUGAAAAGUGGCUGAAAGUGGGACAUGAAGGUUUCUGGUCCUGCUUGUGGCAAAGGACACCCUCUGUCCUGCCUAAGAGCACAGCUUUGGGUCACAGUCAACCAUGGAAAGGGCCCAGGCUAGCCCUCUCCUUUCCAGUGAGGACACUGCAGACCCCCAGAGGAACCAAUGCAGGGCCACAUGGGUGUCAGAGUCAGCAGCAGAUCUCAGCCUCCAAAAGUUCCAAUUCCUGUUUGUCCAAGUGCCACCACUAUUGAUGCCAAACUCUCCUACCCUUGGUUCCUUCCCAUGGCUAGCCCAGCCCUAUCUAUGACACGGGUACUGUCUUUAGUUGUUCGUGAGCUGCACCAGAACACCCUUCACCACCAGAAUGUAUCACCUGGCAGUAUGCAAUUACAAUCUUAGAACUU